CGCCGGGCAGUUGUAUAAAAAAGAUCGUAGCGUUAACACGGGCGUCGGUGUGGCCAUGCCUUUAGUAUACUUGUUCAUAUAAAUGUGCUCAGAAUAUAAUUAACUGUCAAGAUAAACAAGAUGGUGAAGCAAUUGGCUCUUUUAGUAAUAAUUGCUGUUGUGCUAAUAUUAGGAGAAGUCUCAGCACACUUCGUCAAAGUCAGGGAAGAAAGAUGUUUGCAACCAAUUCUGCGUGGUGAAUGUAAUGACUAUCACACAAGGUAUGCCUACGAUCCGGAGAUAAAUAAAUGCGUGAGAUUUAAAUAUGGCGGCUGCGGAGGGAGCUCGAACGAGUUCCUUCACCAUCAUGAGUGUCGACAUGCUUGCAUAAUAUAAUUAAAUACGAGGAUUCAAUCAGCCUAUCGCCAUCUACUAAACGUAGGCAAAUGAGAGCCUACCACGCCGGUCCGCUGCCCGCCGCAUUUCAAGUCUAAUAAAUAAAAAAGUAAAAAAAAAAUGUUGUUAAACGGUUUUAUAUUGCAGAUAAAUGUACUAAAAGCCAAAAAAUAAUUUCAUGGAUACAGGUCAUGGGUACCAAUAUGUAUACAUUGUUAUAUUUUCAAAAUAAAGUAACUCGUAACCUA